GUGCCAAUCGGACCCUAUCACCCCUUGCAAUUCCCGCACCACUUCCGAAACUAAAACACUGAGAACUCACUUCGCAAACCCUAAUCCCUUCGUCCACAGAGACCUAAAAUCACUAAAAGAUUUUAAGAUUUUCCUUUUUCCUUUCUAACAAAUCCACAGUAAGCAAGCAUCACCAAUCAUUUGAAUCUUCGUUCAAUCAGAUCCAGAGAAAGAAUUAAAAGGAAAGGGUUUUUGAAAAGGAAUUAGGUUUUGUUUUUGACAUUUGAUGUGCUGAUCAAAGAUGCCUCCAAAACAAGCUAAAGCUGAUAUUGCCAAGAAACAAAAGCAGGUUGAAGAUAAAACCUUUGGAUUGAAGAACAAAAACAAGAGUAAAAGUGUCCAAAAAUAUGUUCAGAAUAUUCAAGCCUCUGCUGUCCCCAAACCUGACCCUUCCAAAGUCGCUGCUAAGAAAAAGAAAGAUGAAGAGAAAGCUAGAGAGAAGGAAUUGAAUGAUUUAUUUAAGAUAGCUGUUAGUCAGCCCAAAGUUCCACCUGGUGUUGAUCCGAAGUCGAUACUAUGUGAAUUUUUCAAAGUGGGGCAAUGUACUAAGGGAUUUAAGUGCAAAUUCUCCCACGAUUUGGAUAUUCAGAGGAAGGGUGAAAAGAUUUGUAUUUAUAGUGACAAGCGUGAUGAAGAUGAUAAUAUGGAGGAUUGGGAUCAGGAGACAUUGGAAAAGGUUGUGGAGUCCAAGAAAAAUGAUUAUAGUAACCAGAAUAAAGCAACUGAGAUUGUGUGUAAGCACUUUUUGGAUGCAGUUGAGAGGAAACAAUAUGGGUGGUUUUGGGUUUGUCCAAAUGGAAAUAAAGAGUGUCGUUACAGACAUGCUCUUCCUCCAGGUUAUAUAUUAAAAUCUCAGAUGAAGGCGUUACUAGAAGAGGAGUCGGAGAAAAUAUCUAUCGAGGAAGAGAUUGAAAACCAGCGUGCAAAAGUAGUAGGUUCAACCCAGAUAACUACUGAAAUUUUCAAUCAAUGGAAGAAGAAAAAACUCGACGAAAAAGAAGCAGGUCUCGCAUUAUCAAGGGCAGAAAGGGCUAAGAAUGACCGCAUGAGUGGUCGCGAGCUGUUUCUGGCAGAUGCUAGUUUGUUUGUGGACGACGCAGAAGCAUAUGAGAAGUACCAAAGAGAAGAUCCUGAAGCUACUGAAGAGAAGCCAAAGGAUGCUGCCGAAGGGGAGGCAAGUACUUCUACGUCCGCUGUUGAUGGUGACGAAGAGCUUUUUGCUGAUGAUGACGAUGAUGAGCUGGAUCUGGACGAGUUAGAGGAGCUGGAGGCAAGCCUAUCGAAGACAUCACUUCAAAUUCGUGAACCAGGCGUUGAAGCCUAAUUCAGAUAUUAAAACCAAAAUUUAUGUGAUGUCACUUUUAGUCUCAAUUUCAGAGUUUUGAUGAGGAAAAGUUUCAAUGAUAGGAUCUUUUUGGUUAUCACUUGUUUAAUGCUUGGUUUAUGGACUGUUUAAUUGUGAAGUCGUUUCUUCUCUCUUGGGUUCAUGUAGAGAAAUGAAUCCUGAAAUUUCAUGAAAGAAAAAGAUCUACAGCAGAAGAUAUUAGUAUAUUUACGACUUGAAGGGUGGAUUUCUCUGAAACCUCCUCAAGAGUCGAGACCCUAA